AUGAAGGAUGAAGAGAUACCACGAAAACAUAGUACCAGAUAUAGUGAUGCGCUUGACGAAAUGCUGGGAAUUCGGUUCAAAAAAGGAAAUAUGAUUCAGAAAGCUGAGCGAUUAAAACAAACGCAACUGGUGGAGAGGCCAACAACAAGACAUGGCCGACAUGGACAGGUAGUUACGGCAGGUGCAACAAACGAUUCGUUUCUGCUAUCUCCCGGACUUGACUUUACGAAUACACGUCCUCCAAAAAGUGAUGUAAUUGUGAAGCGCUGGCAACGACAAUGUGAAGAGGAAAGAGGAAGUGAUGAUGAGAAGGAAGAGGAGAAAGAAGGAAGAAGUGAUGAUGGGAAGAAAGAGGAGGAAGAAGAGGAGGAGAAAAAGUCUAACUCCGACAACAAUGAUGCAAAUAGAACUGAGAAUAAGUCCAGGGAGGAAAUACAAAAACUAGAAACAGAUAAUGAUAAACCUGAAAAUAAUACCAUCGCGAUUGCAAAUGGACAAGAUUCUGAUCGAUCGAUAACGACAGUAAGACAGAAAAACCAAUCUUCUGGUGUAGCAUCAAAUUCGUCGGCUAUCAAGAAGACGAAAGCAACGGAAAGGCAAGUAUCUAAGGGAAAUUUACGUGAUACAAUGCGAAUGCGAUCGACAUACACAAUCUCAAGAAACAAAACAGAUAGCGAACUGAGGAAACCAGUUGAAAAAUAUUCGAGAACUAUCGCUCUCAGUGAAAGUCCUUCUGAGAAAGCAGCAUAUGAGAAAUGGUUUCGAGAAAAACUGAGACAAGAAAGAGAAAAGCGACGAAAACAGAAAGAGAAAGAAGAGGAUGAAAGAAAGGCCAGAGAGGAGAGAAGAAAGGAAGCUGAGAGAAAUUAUGAAAUUUGGAAGCAACAAAGCGAUGAAGCGAUGCGUGAAAGGAGGAGAACCAAAAAGGAAAAAGCGGAGGCUUUGGCGAAAGAGAAGAUGGAGGAAAUGAAAAGAAAGAAGGAGGAAGCGACUCAGAUGUUUCAAGCAUGGAAAAAUGAUCGACUGCAAAAGUUUGCGAAGGAGCGGAAACAGUGCGUACAAAAUAAAGAAAAUGAUGAACUGAAAAAGAAACACGAAAUGGAAAUAAGAAACAAUGAGGCUCAGAAGGCAUUCAACACAUGUUUGAGGUAUGAAAAAAAUAAAAUCCGAAAUGCGGAAGCGCGACGCAAGUUACUCAAAUCCAGGAGGACGGAGGAAAUCCAAAGUAGGAAUACAAAGGAGUAUAAAGAAGCACUGUCGAGAGAAGCUUAUGAUGUUUGGCUUCAAAUAAAGGAAAGUGAGCGCCAUUUCAACGAAUCGUUACAAGGUCGAAUCAUGAAAUUUGAUGAAAUGUCCCGACGAUCACAUUUAGUUCCGUGGGUUCCACCAAGUAACAUUAUUCCACGACAGUUUAUUCCAACAGGUACCAGAAGACAUCAAUCUGUCAAACGAUCCAUCAGAUCUAACCAGACUUACAAAAAGUUCCCAUCAGCAAUUCAUCGCUCCAAGUCAGCGCUUAGAUAAUUGCCUCUUAUAUGCGAAUUCGUUAGUUUGAAGUAUGGUUUUAACAAAGGGCGUAAUUUUAGGGAUUUUCCGAAGUUCUGGAAUUUUUACUUUUCAUUUUUUUUCCGAAGAAAAGUAUGGGAAUUUCAAACAUGGUGAAGUUAAUCAGGACUGUGUGAAC